AUGGCGGAGAGGGUCAGGAUAGAGAGCAGCAAGAGGAAUGAAUGGCCUGGCUGCGGGCAGAGGAAGGAAGAGUGUGAACGCCACGUGGCGCCGCUCCGGAAACCCAAGGGUCCGACGGGCGUCCCCUACGGCGACGCCGCUCUGGCUCGUCGCCCGAGGCCAGGCUCCGGCUAUUUAAGAUCCACGCCACAUAUAGCAGCGCUCGCAGGCAGCGUGUUCCCAGCAACGGAGACGGAGAUGGAGAUCCACUCCAGUGCGCCAUGCACCAAGAGGGCGAAGCUCGCGCCACCAGUGACGCCGUCCUCUGGUGGUUUGGCGGUAGCGGCUGGAAGCGGCGAGGACCGCAUCAGCGACCUCCCGGACGCCAUCCUCGGUGAGGUCAUCUCCCGUCUCUCCACUAGGGAGGGCAUCUGCACUCGGAUGCUCGCACGUCAUUGGCGUCCUAUUUGGCCGACCGCUCCUCUGAAUCUUGACUGCCGUGGUAUCCCUGUCGCUCGUCUUUUUAACGCCCUAGAAACAGUUCGUGUCGAGAUCAUCAGUAGGGUCUCUGCCUACAGCGAGGAGCUUGCUCGCAUACGAUACAUCGGAACUUGGCAUCAGGGAAAAACAGUUCCUGGUGAUGGUUCUUGCCUUCCAGAGUCCAUCCUCUCCAGCCAUGUGGGCGCAGUUCUCUACCUUUUUAUACCGGUACUUGAACUACCACUGGUCAAGAGAGUUUCGCUUGUUGAGGUUGAUAUAUCAGACUUCUCGCUGCAAAGCAUGAUCAACUCUAGUUUCCCUGCACUCGAGUGCCUGCUGCUUGUUUGCAAUAGAGAAAGGCAUCGGAUCACAAUAAAUUCCCCUAACCUUGUAAGCAUCGGCAUCCGUGGUGAGAAAGGAAAAUUCAUCAUCGAGGAUGCCCCCUCACUUCAAAGGUUGAUCCACGAUCUCCAGAGCAAUAACAUGGAGGUAUUCAUCAUCUCUGCACCCAAACUGGAGACAUUGGGCACAUUCAGGAUCUCGCUUGACUCCACGGGCCUUAUGGGAGGAAACGUUCCUGAUGUGCAAGAAAUUUUUGGCGUCGCAAGCACCGUGCGUUUCUCAAAGAACACAUCAUUCAUUUAA